AUGGGAGAUUGUUGUGAGUGGAGGAAUGGUGGAAGGAAAAGAGAGAAAUUGGCAACGACGAUCAAGUCGAGUGGUCCCGAGAAAGUUGCAGGGGAAACGACGUGCGGUGGCGGCAGCGUCGGUGUGGGCGGGUGGAGAAGAGGUCGGCACUCGAGUGCACUUGACCCGAACCAUGGUGCGUGCGUGUGGCCGGCGAAUAAAUCGCUGUCACCAUGGUGA